AAUUUAUGACCAAUGAUUGAACGUGUUGUCAGUGAGGUUGGAUCACUGUCAACAAUAAUUAAAAGGCUAUGUUGUGUAUAUAAUUGAAUAUAAUAAUUAUUUUACAUACAUUAUAUUAUAAUGCUAAAAAUGGGCAGUCAAUUAAAAAGAUAUCUCUUUUGGUUUGCUCAUGAACAUGUUGAUUUUCGAUUGGCUGAAAUGCAAUCUAUAUUUGAGAUGUAUAGCAUUAAUCCACACAUAAUAAUCAGACCAAAGGAACAUCCAUACUGGAUUGUGGAAUUAUCUGAUGAAAAUGUUGUACAUCAAAUUGUCAAUAGAGCAGUUUCGUUACGUUUUUGUUUGGAAUUGUGGGCACAAGGCAAACAGAAGAAAAACUUACAUGAUUCUUUGAAAACUUACUCAGUCAAAAAUAUCACUGGAGAGAAAAGAUCAUUCAAGAUUGUAGUGGAGACUUUCUGUAAACAUUUCUCACAGAGGGAGAAAGUAGAUAAGAUUGAAUCUUUCAGUUAUCUACCUCUUGAAGGGCCAGUCAAAUUGAAAAAUCCGGAUAUCACUUUAUACUAUAUAGAAUAUUAUGGACUUAAUCCUAACAGUAUUCCUGAUGAGCCAUAUGAAUAUUUCUUUGGAAGAUGGGUUGCUGAUGGCCAGCGAGAAUUAAUUCAAAAGUUAUCAUUAAAAACUAGAAAAUUUAUAGGAAACACCUCAAUGGAUCCACAAUUGUCUCUGAUAAUGGCAAAUCAAGCACAAAUUAGAAAAGGCGAUCUAGUUUUAGAUCCAUUUGUAGGGACAGGUUCCUUGUUAAUUGCUGCAUCUCAAUUUGGAGGAUAUACAUUUGGCACUGACAUUGACUUUUUAAUGCUUCAUGGUCGUACGAGACCUACACGGAUAUCACAAAAGAUAAGAGAAAAAGACGAAAGUAUCGCAACAAAUAUGCGUCAAUAUGGAAUGAGUUCCUAUUAUCUUGAUGUAGUAGUAGCAGAUUUUUCCUAUCCACUCUGGCGAACAGAUUUACGAAUAGAUGCUAUUAUAACAGAUCCGCCUUAUGGUAUAAGGGAGGCUACAGAACGUAUAGGUACCAUGAAAAUAAAUCCUGUAAUAGAGGAACAUCAAGCAACCUCUCACAUUCCUUCUAAAAUUGGUUAUGGCCUGAAUCAAAUAUAUAAAGAUUUAUUAUGUUUCUCCGCGAGACAUUUAAAACUCGAUGGUAGAUUGGUGUGCUGGUAUCCAUUGUUUAGGGACCUAUACACAGAAGAUCAGUUACCAGCACAUCCUUGCUUACAGUUGUUGGCUAAUUCUGAACAAGUAUUGAGCAACUACACUAGUAGAAGAUUAUUAACUUACAAAAAAAUUAAAGAGCCAGAAGCUACUGACGAGAGCAUCAUCAUGGAUUUAACGGACUUUCGUGAAAAAUAUUUUGCAUUACGCGAAGAAACAAGAAAAGAAAAGCGAACGAGAAAAGCCACGGAAAGAGCGAAAAAACGAGAAGAGUGGGAACGUAGAAAUAAGGAAAUCACUGAGAGAUGAUUGUAAAAUUUUGUACAGCAGACAUUAAAUGUCUUUGUUUAAUUUUA